CAAAGAUGGUGGAGGAGUAUCAUAUCUGAAUUUUUUUCUUCACAAGAUGUAGCUUUACGGCGCUAUUAUUGGGGUAAAGCAGCUUUGAAAAUGGCUCCUAUUGAUAAUCACCAGAUGGCCAUGGUGCCUGCAGCCCCGAUGCAGGGGGCUAACACUCUACCGCUCUCCACCCUCAUCGAUUACAUUGUUCAGAGGACGUACCAUGAGUUGUCUGUUUUGUCAGAACUCCUGCCAAGAAAAACAGAUAUGGAAAGGAAAAUUGAGAUUGUUCAGUUUGCGAGUCGAACCAGGCAGCUCUUUGUGCGAUUGCUCGGACUGGUGAAGUGGGCCAACAGUGCUGGGAAGGUUGACAAAUGUGGAGCAAUUUCCGCCUUCCUCGACCAACAGGCCAUGUUGUUCGUGGAUACUGCCGACAUGUUUGCUAAAAUGGCUAGGGAGACUCUUGUUCAUGGAAGACUUCCUAAUUUCUCACUGCCUUGUGCUAUUGAUGUGCUCACCACGGGAACGUAUCCAAGACUACCGACCUGUAUCAGGGAAAGGAUUGUGCCGCCCGACCCGAUCACGCCCUCUGAGAAAUGGCAGACGCUGAAACGUCUGGGCCAGAUCAUCCAGCAUCGACUUGUCACGACUGACCUCCCUCCACAACUCAGUCGCUUGAAAAUCGAGAAUGGCCGUGUGAAAUUCCAUGUGAAUCACGAGUUUGAGGUGACCUUGACGUUGAUGGGGGAUGGACCGUCGAUACCAUGGAGACUGUUAGAUAUUGAUAUACUUGUAGAGGAUCAUGAAACUGGAGAUGGUAAAGCCUUGGUGCAUUCGCUUCAAGUCCACUACAUCCACCAGCUUGUUCAGUCAAGACUUCUAGAGUGUGACAAACCACUUCACGACAUGUACAACUGCCUACAUUCCUUUUGCCAAUCCCUGCAACUAGAGGUGCUACACUCCCAGGCCCAGCGGUUACUGCGGGAACGACUUGGCGAAUACGUCAGGAUAGAUGACUAUUCAGCGGGACGAAGUCUUGUGCUUUCAUACUGGAGGGAUAUGAGUGGAGGGAAGAAUCGAGAUGCGAAGCCUUUUGAACAAGUCCCGAAAGUUCAUAAAUUGCAGGUGCACAUGGACGAUCACGACCCAACUAAGCCACUGCAGGCCACACAUAUGCCUAGUCUUCUGGAAGAGGACAGUGUUAGGGUGAAUAAAGCUAUUAAGAGUGACCAUUUGUCAAUUGAGAAGUUACUGAUUCAGACGAUAGAGGUGCGAAGUCAGGCGAGGUUGAAAGAUCUGCUGAAAGAUUUUAAAGAUCUCAUUGACGGAACCUGUGAAAUCAAAGAGAUCCCAUGUGUGAUGUACAUUCCAUUCCUUCAGCCUGUCGUUUCCUCGGAGAUGCUCCGCAUUGCUGUUGACAUACAAAGAGGCACAUAUCUCGCCUCGGUCGGACAGUACCCAGACUGUCCCUAUGCUUUGGACAUAGAAGACUGCCUUAACACAGACAAGAGAGAGCUGCCAGGGUUAAUCACCCAGCUACGGCUGUGGCUGGCAAUACGCCGCUGUGAAAAAGCAGUCCAGCAUCUUCCUGCGACGUGUUCUGAGACGCUUCCUAUCACCUCGAUGGAGCAGGGGCAUCCACUUGAGAAGCUGGGCAGGUGUAAACUGUUUGUGAGGCUUGGCAAGCAGACAGAGUAUUAUGUGGUUGUUGAGGCCUCUCAGGGGGAGAACAAGUCAGUCAGAUUCCGGUAUUUUCUUCUUGAGGUGCACCCAACUCUCUUUGAGGGUGCCCAGGGGGAGAAUCUCGAUACUCUUCCCCAGAUGUACCUGCGUGCUGGUCACAUGGUCGAGAUGGACACGUACGCCUUGACACACGGACCUUAUACCAAAAUACAAGAAGAGGUGGAAAGUCCAAGUAACAGUUUGGUGCUCAGGAAAAGAAAGUUGUAUCUUGGUGGUGCUGGUGAACCACAUGUCAAGCAGAUGAAGUUCACGUCAUGCUUCGUGCCAGAGUUGACUCACAUCUUGGCUCUUUGUGAGGAGAGGAUUCCAUUUAUUGCGCUGACGAAGGAGCUCGGGAACAAGGGCCUCUCGCACCAAGGCAUCCAGGUGGAUGGAGAGGGAGCUUGUCUUGCACUAACUUUAUUAGAUAUGCCAGCGUGCACUGAUAUUGAUCUCGCAACUAACAGAAAAUUACGGCGCAACUUACUCUCAUGUAAAUUCCGGGUACAGCGGAAAGGAAUUCGAGUUUGGAUGGUGGAGCUCAUCUUCAGCUCAUCGCCGAUCCAGAGCACUAACUUCAAGGAGCAAGGUGCAGUGCACCGAGUUUACCUCCAGUACGAGCUGACGGGCUCGGACAACCUCAACAAGGUCGUACAGGACUUCCAGGAUGACUGGACGGCAAUCGGUCAUCUCUAUGGUGUCGUCACAGAGUUUGCUGACAUCCUCAGGGAUUCAAAGUCUGGAUUAGCAAAUCUCAUCGAAGUCAAAUCGUACACGUUUAAGAGAAUCGUGAUUGGUUAUGGACCAAAUAAGUCACACACGGUGUCAAUACAAUGGAAGUCCACCGACAACCAGUUCCAACUCUCCUUUGGAACCCACGGCCCAAUGCCAAUCAGCAGCAACUGCCACUCCAUGGUGACCACUCAUCAUCAGGAUGACUUCAACUGUCAUCACUCCAUCACCCAACUGGUGCAGGUCCUUAGUGACACUGUUGCGCCUCUCACUGCCAUAUCCAAGCUGAGCUCCGUACCGAUGUUAGGCCUAGGACCAAAAUUGAACCAGCCAGUUCCAAGUUUCACCAUCAUCCCACAGUCACCAACUCAUAUCAGGAUCGCAUUUAGGAACUGUUAUUGCAUCGAUGUUCACUGUCGCGGGAGCAAGAUUGUGGCAAUCAGAGAUGGCGCCUACAGUCUCUUUGACACCAGUAAAGUUGUCGAGGGGUUCGGCCCGACUCCAGGCUUGAAGACUUUCCUCAAUAUGUUUGUCGACGAGACGGUCACAGCUGCCCUCGCCCGCCGGAGAUCAACAGUCGAAGAUGACAACCCACCAUCGCCCAUCGGUAUGGACGCUAUCGAUUUCAUGCCGCAGCCUCACCUUGGGUCACCGGCAUCGCGGAAGUUCCAUAGUCCCAUGACUCCCCCAUCUAACCCACAUACUCCAGCUUCUCCUGCUAGUUCCACCAGGAUCUCACAGGGUUACGCCAACUCUCCUGCCGCAGCUGGCUUCCCGCUGGCGUCUCCUCCCUCCAUGGCCGGCGUCGCUCCCACACCCUCCCCGGCCAUGAUGGGAACGCCAUCUCCUGGCAACAUCCUGACCUCAGGCUCGCCCGGUACCGCCAACCUCCAUGUACCGUCACCUGGGUUCGUGCCAACACCAUCGCCUCAGAUGUAUCAUAUGCAAUCGCCAGCUAAUCCUUUCAUGAAUCCACCAUCACAUGGAGGUAUGGCAGAGAGUGGAUCACCAUACCCAAGUUCCAACCUGACCAUGCCCAGCCCAGGUCAGCGUACAUGGCCUGGUUCACCGGCCUCAGUGCCCCACCCAUCGCCCGCCUCUAAGUACAACGCCAUGUCUCCAGGACACCCAGCUCUCCAUUCGCCACUAAACCCACAGAAUAAGGACGGCGAGAGUGUGAGGCCACCGUUCAGUAUGCCCAGUCACCAAACGCCCUCCAGGGUCCUACCACAGCGUUCAUGGGCAGCAUCGUUUCCAACAUUACUCUCCCAUGACGCUCUUAACAAGAUCCUGUCGCCUGCGAUGCUGCCGGGCAGCCCUGGCACUGGCCCACCGAUCUGCUGCCCGCUGGAGAAGUUCAUGGGAUGCGUGUUCAUGAGGAGACAUAUACAGCGUAAUAUACAAACAGAAGAUGGGCUGCAAUCCUUGCCAUGUAAUGAGCCUGGUGUCAUCAUGUUUAAGGGCGAGAGUCUCCAGUUCAGAGCAAGUCUCAACACGAACACUUUCCAGAUGUUGCACUUCAAGGUCUCACCAAUGCCAGAUUUCAACGACCAGUGGACCCCUGAAGAGCUCCGUGCCAUUGAGCAGUUCUUCGAGAAUCGUGUCGUCUGUCCUCCGUACAAGAUCAAUGCAUUGAGUGCAUUCUGUCGUCUGCUCGCGGCACCCUACAGGACCCUCAAGGAUUGUGUGCAACUGCUCAGGCUUGAACUGGGGCCUGACCACACUCUCAAGUGGACGCUGCAGUGGUGUCUGACUAUCUCCCCAGCUUCAACGUUGAUCGCACCUCCCGGCACGCCCGCCAUCCUCACCAAGAUGAACAAGAUACUCAUCAUGAUCCAGUUGACCCGACUUGGAGGCCCCAUGAUGCAAACUGGCGAAGCCCAAUCGGUGAUCGUACCACUACUCUACGACACAAACACCAAUACGACUACACUGGCGGAACAUCGCUCGGUCCAAGCACAACCACCAGCCAACCAGGCCAUCAGUAACAUGCUGAAGAGAUUCUCCGAGUACAACGUCCAACCCAACGAAUGUUCACUUUACCCUUCUGUGCGAGAACUGUUAGCAAACCUGGUCAUACCCAUGUGAACGUAGUAUCAACCCUUUAACGACCGAGGACAUGAUGACAAGGUCAUUUACUCAAUGUUGGCCCAGAUUUAUACUGAUCCAUGAGGUCCUUUGAAUGAUGAUGUAACUGAUGUAUGAACGAAUUUGUGGAGGUUCUUGUCCUGACAAGUAUACUGUUAUCUGCAUGUAGCAGUAUUCAGGACAUAGGGACCAAAAUAGACUUAUUUCUCUCUCUGAGAAGCCAGUUGCUAAAGCCAUUUUAGGCAAAAGUCCAUGUCGAGUGGCCCAGUCUGUUUAAAUGACGAAGGUCCUCAGUCUUUGAAGGGUUAGGCGCCAGAAUCAAACCAUACAGCAUGAGUCUUCUGUCACAAACCAUAUAAAUACAUUGGAUGGAAUUAGGAUUUCUCAUAAAGCCAGUGAUGUGAAUUCAAAGACAUUCUGGUGAUGUGAGCUGCACCAGGGAUUAAUUCUAAAUGUAUUCAAGACAGAUCUGUGCAUGAAGAUGGUUUUCUGCUCAUUGUAAUUGUAUUCAGCAGUUGGCGGCCAUCUUGUUUGUCCAGCAGAGCACACAGCAAUUUGUACAUUGCUGUGCACAUUGCUGCCUACAUCUGCAUCAAAUUUCAACCAGGUCUCUGUUGAUGAUAACCAAGGUAAGCAAGAUGGUGGACCGCUGAUGAAUUUGAUAAAUACUUUGUGUCAGUUCAGAAUUCCAGGUGCAGCCUGGGGCUAUGCAGGGAGAGAUGGCUCAGCCCCUCAUUGGUAGGUGUAUCUGGGAUAUCCAGAGAGGUGUCAUUUUCCAAAUAAAAAACAAAUCAAUUGAUGGUCUUAAAAGUGAAUUUGAGUUUUAAGGACUUUUCCUGGUCGGGUUCAGAGGUUUUUUCCUAAAGGGUAGCCAUUUGCAUCCUGACCAUCUUUGGCUGCGUCUUGUCAAAUUGGAAGGUUUAUCCUUGACAAUUUGAAAUAAGAGACGUUUCCCCUCUGACCUCAACUGGUUACACCUUUGGCUCCUUCAUGUUAAAAACUUGUAAAUAAUGUCAAGUGUUUGUAAAUAUUUUUGUAUGCAUUACUAUAAAUGGAAUUUUACAGUUGCUGUAGCAUAAUGCUAAAUUAAAGUAUACAAA